AUGUUGGUUUUUGUUUUAUUAUUUUCAGUAUUAUUAUAUCUGAGAUGUAUUUCCGCGAUUCAAGGAACAUGGCAAAGUCAAAGCGGAAAAGUAAUUACUGGGGAAACAUUUUUUGAUCCUAAACGGGAAUUACUUUUUGAACCCAAAUUACCAGGGAUUAGUUAUUCAUUUGAUAAUAAAGGACAUUUUGAACUGGCUCAAUAUAUAAUUUUACCUAAUAAUAAAGAUCAUAAUUGUCCUCAAGCUAUACUUAGAUGGCAACAUGGAAAAUACCAUUUUCAUAAAGGUAAAUUAAUUCUUAAACCAAUUGAAAAUGAUGGUCGACAAUUAAUUAGUGAUCCUUGUUCAGAUAAUGGGAAAUCGGAAUAUAAACGAUAUUUUGAAGGAGAAACAUUAGAAGUUGAUAUUAGUUAUGAUGAGAUUUUUCAAAAUUAUAAAUUGAUUCUUGUUGAUUAUUUAACGGGGAAAAAGAAACAGCCGAUGUGGCUAACUCUGAAUAAUGCUACAAUGUUGCCUACCGGAACUAUAACUUCAAAAAAGAAAAAGUAUAUCAAGAAGGAAUAA